AUGCAGCAACAGGAAAAACGUCGCGAGCUACGUUUGAAACGGUUCUGGCGCACCACAGCCAAACCGCCGACAUCCUCCGAGGAGUCCGGCGGCGGCGAAAGUCCUACAAAACUCGGACGAAAGGCCUUCCAGCAGCAGACGGGUGGGACGGCCACCGCCAGCACCAGCGGCAGCAGCUAUAGUCCUCCAAAGCACCCAACCUGCUCGCUUCCGCUGCUCCAGGUGUGGCCCAGUCAGGACUCGCCCCGCGGGGAGGCGGAUGGCCAGAGUUUUGUCUUUCCUAUCAUCGCCGACGAUCAGCAAUCGAGUAGCAAUGGCCGAAGGAACUCACUGUUCGUCGAUCAGCUGCAGGCUGGCGAUUCCGGCAUUGAUUCGGUGCAAGCGUCUCCGUCGCCGAUCGCCAUGCCGUGCCAUCCGCUCGUCGUGUCCAACGCCAUCUCACCAAGUGCUUCGCCCACGGCCGGCUCCCCAACGCCCUCGGUGGACAGGGGAACGAGGCGUCCGUCUACGUCCCUGCUGCAUCCGGAUCACGCACGGAUCUUCGCACUGCGAGCCCCCUCGUCGCCGGACCAAGUGAGCCUGGCCAGCCUACCCAUUUUCGACAAUCAUAGGACCUCUCCUACUCCUACCCAUCCAUUGCAGACUUCUCUGGAGGAUAACACCGAGUUCAAUGGGGGCGCCACCACCAGCAACCAUCUCUGCACGGCGAGUUCGAGCACCACCUCGUCGCUGACCUCGAUAGCGGUGGCCACACUUGGUCACCAUCCGCAGCGAUCCUCUGAUCCUUGGCUACGACCGGAGCGUGAUAAAGACAAUCCAGAGCUGGACCAACGGCGUGCAUCGACGAUGACGGCCCGGCUGUCCCUCUUCGAUGCGCUGGACCUCGAGUACGCACUCCUGAGGGCGGCGGCCCGUGGUUCCGUCGGUCCGUACUCCCUCAGCGAAUCACUCCACAAGCUCACCUUCACCCAAUCGCUUGCCUUCCCGGCGCUGGCCCGCGGGCUCGCGACCAAGCGGCGCAACUCGACCGAACAGAGCUCGUCCCGGCCGCUCAAUCCGAACGAGUCGGGCCUCAACACGUUCGCCAAGGUGGUGACCGCCUGCGUGCUGGUGAUGGUGAGCUUUCUCGUCUUUCUCGUCGUGUACAAGUACGUGCGGACGUGA